AUAUCUCCGUCCUCCGUCGCAGGUCUUUGGUCUUUUCGUGAGCGAGGGAAAAUCGUGCAGACGAGUGCGCGAGACAUCUCGCUCGCAACUGCGCGUACGGCAGGUGGGGGAGUCGCCGGCGGCCAGCGUGCGAUACUAUCGAUCACACGCGGUUGAGUGUCAACGGGUGUGCGCAUACGUGCGUGUAUGCAUAUGUGUAUACGUACAUUUCGCGCCGCGUGUGACCGGCGAAUUUCCGAGUGAAUCACGCGCGUGUCGCACGCCGGCGAGCGUUCUCUAACGUCUCGGUUCGCUGUUUAAUUCGCGCUCGACCCUCGCGCGAAACGCACGAGUACGGUACGAUACGAUACGAUACGAUACGAUAUCACCACGUGUGGCGGUCGGGGCUUUCGCGCGUAGACAGUUUACAACGGCUUAAGGGAAGCCCGAGGCUGCGCGCGACUAAAAUAGACGCGACGCGUCGAAUCAAGUGCGUCGUCGUGCGGAUCCUGAAGUACCCGCGGCGUCGAAUAUCGAAGCGCGGCAUUCCGCGAUGACGAGGUUCCGCAACGAUGUCAAGAAUUAUCGGUGAAUAGUGCUCGGUGAUCGUGUCAGACUCGAAAUGUCUAGAUUUUUCUACGAAUUCUCAAGUCUACAAUUUUUUAAGUCACGACUUAUUAAUAUAAACUUCCUCAAAAAACACCUCGUGGAAUGCUCAGUACAUCACGACUCAACAUUCUGCUGCAUACAAUAAUGCGAUAAGAGUGUGAUAACCGUCUCGCCACGAUAGUGAUGUGUGACGUGCCAGUCGAAGACGUAAGGAGGAAAGUUAAAGGGAAAUGGACAACGAUUUGAGUCGGCUUGUGGAACGUGCGGUAGCCCGGUCGAUGAGUCUCUUCGUCGUGGCGUAGUGUUGAUUGUACAGCGUUCUAUUGUGUACAAGUUGCAACGUUCCGUGACAAUACGAUAAGUAUCAGACCACCAGAAGCAGCGAGCAGGCUCAAGAUGAUUCUCCGCCGAAAGUCGUUGCACAGCUGCAAUUGUCCUUGUCAUCAGCACUGCUCCACCAAGUGCGCAGAAGAUGUAGAGAGUAUGACAGGCGAGAUAGAGAAUGGAGACCUGACAGUUCGAGAUGUUGCAGACCUUUUGAAAGAACAGUACGCUAUUAUUGCUGGAGGAAAGACGCGAGAGGGAUGUCCAAUAAUCACAUUUCCAGACAAUGGCAAUUUUCACAACGUGACUGAUCUAGAUUAUCAGCGUCUCAUGCUAUACCUUACUUCUGUGCCAACGUUGCAGGAAGUUGAUCUUGGAUUUCAUUUGAUCAUUGAUCGGAGAAAUGACAAGUGGAACUCGGUAAAGACCGUUCUUCUGAAAAUUUCUGCAUUCUUUCCUGGUCUGGUACACGUCGCGUACGUGUUGCGACCCGCCGGAUUUUUACAAAAGGCCAUCUCUGAGGUGUCGAACAAAUUGUUCCGAGAAGAUUUCAAGUUCCGAGUUAUAUUCCUAGCUAACGUCGCAGAGCUUUACGAAUUCAUCGAGAAGGAUCAACUGACUGAGCAACUUGGCGGCAAUUUGCCGUAUUGCCAUCGCACUUGGAUAGAAAACAGAAUUAGCUUGGAAAGAUUCUCAUCCAUGACGCAGGACGUAUCUUUCGCGUUGGAUUCCUUCACGCGACGUUUAGCUGAAGUGGAGUUUCCAAACAACACUAUUGCCACGACAACGUUAUUAUCGCAGCAACAGGCUGAGUAUAAUGAGCUGAAAGAAGAGAUACUUAGCGCCGCUAGGCAUGGGGAAGCUCUACUAGAUAGCGUACGGCAGUUAAAUGGAAAGGGCACGGCUGAUAGACUGGGAAAUGUUGCUGCAGUAGAAAGAUUACUUGUUCAGUUGGAAGAAACGGAGCGAACAUUCGACUUAUUUUGGUCGCAUCACAGCUCACGUUUGAGACAUUGCCUAGCGUUGAGACAGUUUGAGCAAGAUUUUCGGGAAUUACAGGCGACACUGGACCAGCAUCUCAAGACGGCAGAGGAAAUGACGGAAGUCGGUGAAACGCAAGCGAGAGUGGAGCAAUUACUGCACGAUACAUCAGCAUUUCAACGAAUAUGCAGAGGAGACAUAGAUCGCGCGGAGGAAGUGAUAACUGCUGGUCAACAGCUACUGUCCGGCAGGCAUCAGUGUCCGGCGGACGUCGUGGAACCCAAGUGCGUAGAGCUACAGAGAGUUUGCACUAUUCUCAGUCAGCGGCUGGAAAGACGAUUGCACAUGCUGACCAAAUGCAGGGAGCUCAUGGAACGGAUAGACAAAGCCAACACCUGGUGCACGCGAGGGAUAGAGCUGCUCGCAUCGCAGAAUAGCACUACGCCGCCGGAUCAGGCACUCCAAGAGCUGCAACAGCUGAUUGAGGCCGCGGAGGAAUUCCACCAUCCCCGGUGUAUUUUCCAGGAUUCCGUCAUGCCGGAGACGAAGGCGCUCAUCACGCAAGUUCUGCAAAGGAUAGAAGACGUGUCUUUAAUGUGCGACAAGAGGAUAAUGGCUCUAAAACAGCAAUUGAUCAAACCCGCUCGACCAGUACAAACCGUCACUCCAGAACCAGUCAAACCCUUGCAAUCACUGCCUCAAAUUGUGAAGCCGGGCAGAAUUCUCAAGAAAGCCAACACCAUGCCAAAGAUGGAGAUGAGUCCUAUAGAGGGAGAAUCUUCGUCACCAGAAAGCGAGCCGCGCGACAUCGAGGCUCUGCGCUUGAAGCGUGGCCACGUGUUGGCGGAACUUGUGGAAACCGAGCGGAUCUACGUCACCGAGCUUGGCUCGAUCAUCAAGGGCUACAAGAUGGAGAUGAUGAACGAGGCGAUGGCUCAUCUGAUACCUGCGGCGCUGGUCGGCAAAGCGGACGUGUUGUUCGGCAAUUUAGAAGAAAUUUAUAUUUUUCAUGGGGAAACGUUUUUAAGGGACUUGGAGAACUGCAUUUCGAAUACCGAGCUUGUCGCGUUGUGUUUCGUUCAAAGGCGCGAGAUGUUCUUUAGAUUGUACAGUUAUUAUUGCCAAAAUAUUCCGCGAUCCGAGAGGUUGCGCGAGCAGAUACAAAACGAACCGCAGUUCCUUGCAGCCUGUCAGCAGAAGCUCGAUCACAAGCUGCCGCUCGCCGCCUAUCUCCUCAAGCCUGUCCAGCGGAUUACCAAGUACCAGUUGCUGUUGAAGGACUUGUUGAAGUACAGCGAUGAACCCUCGUGCUGCGUCAAGUUGCAAGAGGCGCUCGAUUGCAUGCUGGUCGUGUUGAAAUGUGUUAAUGACAGCAUGCAUCAAACCGCGAUAACGGGUUUUGGGGGCGAUCUGAGUGCACAGGGCGAACUGUUGUUACAAGGCUCGUUCAGCGUUUGGAGUAGCAGCAAGCGGGAGCGAUUGUUGCGACUGAAGCCGUCUCAGCGCCAUAUUUUCUUGUACGAGAAGGCUCUGAUAUUCUGCAAGCACAGCAAACCACAGGCUCACGACAAAGCCACGUACCACUUCAAGAGAUACCUCAAGAUGUCGCAGAUUGGCUUGACGGAAUCGGUGAAGGGCGAUGCCAAGCGAUUCGAGAUAUGGUUGCAGGGUAGAGCGGAAGUGCACACAAUACAGGCGCCCAGUAUCGACGUUAAGCAGUCGUGGGUACGCCAAAUCAAAGGUGUCCUGAUGUCACAAUUAGCCGAGCUCAAAGGAAAGCAGAAUUCGGCCCUCGGCAAGUCCAAUCACAAGCCGCUGCGGCAAACAAUCUCGUGGGAAGCUCAAAGCAGCCUGUCCGGCUCUCUGCGAACGCUGUCGGUCGACGGCAACAGUGUUAUUUCACACAUGACUGACGUGUCGCAAUCCACGGAAGAAGACGCCGCCUGGAGCUCGGAAAACAGCAAUACAGACGAGGAAGAUGCCUUUGGCGACCACCCGGGACCGGCUCCGGGUGGAAGAUACGUUGCGUUGGCUGAUUAUUGCGCGGUCGGGCAGUCAGAAGUGACGAUGCGGGAAGGUGAUACCUUGGAGCUCUUAAAAGUCGGCUGUGCGGGGUGGUGGUUCGUUAAAUUAAUCGGCAGCGGCGUGGAAGGCUGGGCGCCCGCGGCGUACCUGGAACCGAUCAGUCGCAAGACGUCACGCAGUUCGCAGUCGGUGAACAGUCAAGAGCCCAUAUGAAACAGGCGACUAACACACUAGAGAGUCCGCUAGUGUGUUAGACCCUCACUCGUCUCCGGAGAUCGCCAGUUGCGCUUCUCGAAACAUUUACCGGCAGAAAAGAAAAAACGGAAACGGCAUCUCGAGAGCGUCCUAAGUGGCGAUCGUUCGAUCGUUUUUGGAAAUCUUUUACAGGACACAAACGACGAUGAGUUGCGUCAUUUUGCGUAUCUUCCUUGUAUAAUACAAUGCUUGUUGAGUGACGCGUUUGCAUCUGCGAUAGCCGAGGACACAUUAAGUUGAGAAUGCGCCGAGGUUUUUACGUUUACAGAAAUUUUAUACAGAUGAAUGAACGGGAAAUGGGGGGACGGAACGGAACGGAAGCGAGCGUUCGUUGAAUUGUACAAAAGCGCGUAGCGCUUGAAUUAAAGCGAGCUGUACACGUGCACACGCACAACGGAACACGAAUUUACGACGGUCCUGUAUAUCUAUCGAUCACACGCCACGGAUUAUAUGCAGGUUUCUGUAAUAAUAAUAAUGCACAGAGUAGUUAAUCGAUAAGGUGAGGGAGAUGCGAAUCCGGCGAUAUUGAACGCGUCCUCGCUCGACUUCGUCAAGAAGGGUCUGCGCACGGGCGUAAUCUGCAAGGUGACAGUUUCAUCACUUGCGACCCGGGUAAUCAAAUAUAUCGGCUGUACGCGAUUGUUCCAAAGUUAAAGUUAUUACUGUAAGAAAUACUGCGCGGCACCUUCGUCCAUUGCGUUCCGCCGACGAUUUACUCGACGACGCGCGUAACUUUCUUCGCCAGCUGGAUUCUCGCUCGAUGUAUUCCGCAGUAAGCCGCGAGUAUAUAGGUGGAUGUCGACGAUCGUCAGACGCUGUCGUCGAUCGCAGCACUUGUGUAUCGUCGUGCGUUGCUUAGAGCCCUUUUAGAGAAAGUUGUUUAGAGUCUUAGAUGCGUCGUCGUCGCGACCGAAUAGUACAAUUUAGCGCAGUUCCGCGGGCUUUCGAGAGCGCGGUAGGUGUUUCGUUUGCGAAGGGUUGAGGGAUUGCUUCCGGGAGAUAUGAGAUCUAGAGAAUACUGCUUGCAGAGGAAUCAUCGGGGAUAGAUUCCCCUUGAAGCCUUGAAGGGGAGGAAGAAAAAUGUGUGAUAAAAUGCGUGACCGUUAGAUCAACGCUUUUGCCGAUUAAUCGCUGUAAACACAUGCGAAGAAAAAUGUUGGAUUAAUAUAUCGCCAUUCUUAUAUAUAUAUAUAAUAUAUAUAUAGAACGUUAGACAUGGAAUUGUUGACGAGUCGUUGCGACCAAAUAAACCGGAUAUCACUGCGGACUCGGCACGAUAUAAGCCAAGCUCGCCUCGAGGAAGCAGCAAUGCGGGAGCGAGCGAAGGUGAUCAGAAUCAUAUGCAACGUGUACACAAAUUUCCUAGGAAGCUAAACCGUUAACACCAAGUAUAACAUGCAAUAUCCGAUAAAUCGUAACAUCUAAUACCUUUAGGAUCGUAAUAAGCAAUCUCAGUUCUAGCGGAUGUCAUAAUCAACCCAGCAGUUUCAUAAAUCUUUAUUACGAUGUAACACAAUAUGUAUAAAGUAGCAUCAUUUGUACCGAAAUGUUUCUAUGGAUACGGAUAACGCAGUAACUUAAGGGGAUUUUAUCAGGAUUUUCGCGAUAUGAUUUUACCCCCUAACGUCGCGCGCGGUGAUUACGUCCGCUUCCCUGGCACGUGUACACACACGAGUUUCGUCGCAACUUUUGAUAUUGCCUACAUGAGUCUUUUGUUCUAUUGAUAUUAAUAAUUAAUCUGCGUAUUAUUUGUACAAAGCACGAUAUUUAUUAGGUAGAUAUAUAUAUAUUUAUUGAAUGAAGAAUUAUUUAUAUUUCGCGAUGUAUAAUAAUUUGCGGCAAUCGAUGGGUGACCGAUUCAGACUAGUUUGGACUAGUCCGAAGCAGAUUUGCGACAAUCGCCGUGGAUGCGAUUACGUUGAGUGCUAAAUAAUUUAUGCGAUUUUGUAACUUGUAUUAUACAUUCGGAAGCUGAAAGAGUCGAGUACAAUAUGCGAUUGCGAGUUUACUUCUCGUUCAGAGAGAGAGAGCUCUCCUGCAUUUAUUUGCGACUUCAGUCCUGUAAAUCCACGUUGCUCUCCGCGUCGCGGUCUCUUACUUUCCGCUGUCUCUUCAGUCGCACUUAGAGAUUCGUAGCGCACCUUUGUAUACUCAUCCAUUUGUACGCCGUCCUUGUGUACAUUGUUCGUAAGAUUUUCGACGAAAGAAGCAAUAUGUUAGUUGAGACACGGCCGUUCUCGAUGCGUCCCUUUUACGUUCUUAGUACUGACAUUAUAGGAACGCAAACUUGCGGAUGACGGCGGGGCCGGCACGAAUUCUGCGAGCUUCGCCGCGACUCACCAGUAGAAUUUUAUCCACAUCACAGUAGCGAUCCUAUGUGCACAGUUAGCACAGACGGCUGCUCGUCACACUUGACCGUUCAUGAUCAUCACACUUCUGCAAAACAUUGUACGUGGGAUUCACUUCGUCGGAGGGCCAUUCUUUCUCCAUCGGCGUGACAUCGCGAUUACGUGACCAAAUCAAGGUGAUACAACUAAACAUGCCCGAGAGGCGUUUUGUAGAAACUAUAAAUAUACAUAUACAUACACACAUAUGCAUAGACAAUAAUUAUAUCCGCUGUUGAAGGAUACAUGCAGGCAACGCGUUCGUUCGGAUAACUAUAUCCAGCACGUAGCAAUUCCUGACGAUCAUGAGGCGACACUUCCCUCCGCAAGCUACCGGCGCAAAUAGAAGCAGGUUUCCGCGCGUGUACGGAUCUCUCACCGUAGGCGGAAUUCUAACGUCGUACGCGUAGCUAUCGCACUUGCAUGCGUACCAGAAAGGAAAGGAAAGGAAAGGACUCGUGCGAGGAGAUUUCUUCACGGAUCGCUCCUUUCCUCUCGCCCCCCGGCAGGAGAGCGGUAGUAAAGUCUAUUUUUCCAUAUAACGGGUAAUAAGUAACAAAAAAAAGAAGAAAACGUGGCUGCCGAAAUCUCUUCUAUUUGCAGUGCACGUGCGUCGAGCACGCGAUCAUUUCUCAUUAAAUCAUUAAAGUAAUCGAGUACCGUUAGGGAUACGCUUAUUCUCUUUCUUCUUCUUCUCUUGAUUGCAUAACGCUUUGUUAACGCUGGCGGACGAAAUCGCUUUCGAGCUUCUUUCUGCACUCGCCGAAUCAUUCUAAAUUCUAUAAAGAGAAGUUACUUGGAUCUCGAAACGAGAGGGGCUAUUUUUAUAUGAGGCAGUGAAGUUGCUCAAGUUACUUGCUUCAAUUAAUUUAUCAUCGCGUUACCGAAUAAGUUUCGCUUUGAGUGGCUGUUGAUCCUGCGUUAAUUAGACGAUUGACAGAUCGAGCGGUGCGUCAACGUGCGCACGACCGAGUAGAGCGUCUCGCGUGAAGAGUCACGCAGGAGAGAUCAUCGUAUGUAUAAUAAUUGUUACGCGUCUUCAUCUCCCAUCGUCAUCGAGAAGGAAAACGACGAUUUGUAUGCGUCGACCGCUAACAUGCUUACCGGCAUGUACAACAGAGAUCUUUUGUUAACACUCGUCCGAAUCUUGCGUACAAUCAAUUGUCAAAACCUGUACGAGUCUGCAACAUUAAACGCGAGAAUUCAAGUGAAUCU